GUCGGAAGGGUAUCGCAGGUUAAUAAAUCACAUCUAUUACGUAUGAUUACCUCUAGUGAGGGAGACCCACGACUCGACCGUAUACGUAGUGUACCUCGGACCAUGUACCAAAAUAAACCUGCUAAAUAAGUCAUUUGCUUUUGGUGCUUCGAAUGACAUAAAACAACUUUGGUUGACUCGCAUAUGCUGGCUGGCAUGUCUGUUUCCUCCAAGCCCAACUUUCGAAUGGACAAGCCACCUUUAUGAGUCGCAGCUAUUGGGAGACAUCCUUAAGUAGGAUAUCGUUCAACGAUUAGUAGUAAGUAUGUAUGAACCGUCGGGCUUUUUUUAAUUUUGACAUUCCGGAUAACCAACAAUCUGCGGGCGAUAUCACAGAUAGCUUAAGCAUAAUGAACCAAGUCGGCAAUUAUUCAGAUGCCCCAUGUGGCAGCGAGCCUGGUGGACCCUCCGUUGACGCAUCACCGGCCCAAACUCGCUCAUCAAACUCGCUAAUAAGACCAACUCACAUUCGGGCCUCUGAAAGACUUGCGAGUCGCCGUACCAAAACUCGAUCGACGUCGUCACGAUCUCAAUCGGACAAACUUGAAACGCCCGGAUUGUCAACCGGAUCGUCGGAAACGCCAGAAACUCACCUGUCACAACGAACCGUAACGCCUGAAGACCUUCCCAAUAAGAAGACGCGACAACGGAAACAACAAGCUAACGCCGACCUCAAUUCAAACGCCAACACCGCCAAUAGGAAAAAGUUUCUAGAGAGGAACCGUGCCGCGGCGACCAAGUGCAGAGAGAAGAAAAAAGAAUGGGUAGCAGAUCUGGAGGAGACAAGGUUUGACUUAGAGAGUCAGCACAACGACCUCAAGAAAGAGUAUAGCCACUUGAAAAAUGAGAUUAGCCUCAUAAAAUCGCAACUCAUGGAUCAUGCCAACUGCAGCGACCCCAACAUUGACAGGUGGAUCGAAAAUGAGGCAAAGAGCUUUGUACUGGGAGCAAGCGACAGAUACAACCAGAUGUUAACCGAUCUAGGCUUUACCCCUAAGCCACUGGAUCGUCAUGACAGCAUCUCUUCCACUGCGGGAUCCUCGGCAAUGCACGAGGCGGGCCUCGUGAGCCCAGUGACCCCAUCGCAAUCAUUCCAUCCCGGGGCUUUCAUGCCGUCCUCACCUAUCUUCUACCGCCCGGGUCUGAUGUCGAACUUCCCGGGGAUGGCGGAGCCGGUCCCGUGCGAGGGGUCAUAUCCAAUAAGCGCCUUGCAAAAUUCGACGGCCGAAGACGCCACUGGCUUCGGGGAAACACCAAUGUCAAACGAAUCUUUGCAAAUUCCCACCGUUUGGGAAGGCUGAAAUGGACAUAUAAAAAGACGGCGGGGGAACUAUACGCAGAUUUCGAGCGGUAUAUCCCUUAUACCCGAGAGCUCCGAGCACUUCACAGCUGUUCCCUUUCAGUUUCGUCGAAGCACAAGCUCAAUCAUAGCCAACAAUGCCGGUACGUAUAUCUGAUGAAAUUGGUGAGCGAUAAAAUAUACAAAUGGCGUUUUCGCAUUCUUGCGGAGAAAAAGGGGUUUCCUGCAAGGAAUUUUAGUCAGCUAUUCCUGCUUGUUUUCUUUCUCUUCGACUUCAAGGUUUUUCUUUUUGCAGAAUGUGUAACGAUGCAAAAAUCUCGCAAAGGAAAAAGGAUCAAUUAUGAUGAUGAAUAUUCUGAUGGUUUUGCUCUCCUCGAUAUCCUCGGUCUCGGGAAGGUUUAGGCUACGAAGGUUAGGAGAGAAGCAUGAGAGAGAGGAAAGGACUCUCCUUUAAUGUCAACCCGUGUAUUUUGGAUCGACUAGGAAAUAAUGACCGAAUGAGAUUAUCCCUAAUCAGCUCGGGUGCACUCUUCGUCACCGCGGGUGUCGUACACGGCUAACUCUGUACAAGUCCCAGGCGGGUCGUGAGCC